AUGGAUCUGGCAGAGCAAAAGCUCAAGGGCAGCCCUGGGGUUCAGUCAAAACAGGAGGCAGAGGAGAUUGACGCCCCCAAGAACCUGCGGGUGGGCUCGCACACAGCAACCAGCCUUGACCUUGAGUGGGACAACAGCGAAGCAGAGGUCCACGAGUACAAGGUUGUGUAUAGCACCCUGGCGGGUGAGCAGUACCACGAGCUGCUGGUCCCCAAGAGCAUCGGUCCAACCACCAGAGCCACCCUCACAGGGGGCCGGGUGUUUCCUCAUCCUCAAGACUGUGCCCAGCAUUUGAUGAACGGAGACACUCUGAGUGGGGUGUAUACCAUCUUCCUCAAUGGAGAGCUAAGCCGGAAGUUACAGGUGUACUGCGACAUGACCACCGACGGGGGUGGCUGGAUUGUGUUCCAGAGACGGCAGAACGGCCAAACGGAUUUUUUCCGGAAGUGGGCUGAGUACCGUGUCGGCUUCGGGAACCUGGAGGAUGAGUUUUGGCUGGGGCUGGACAACAUACACAGGAUCACAUCCCAGGGCCGCUACGAGCUGCGCGUGGACAUGCGGGACGGCCAGGAGGCGGCCUUCGCCUACUACGACAAGUUCUCGGUGGAGGACGGCAGAAAUCUGUACAAGCUGCGCCUAGGGGGCUACAACGGCACCGCAGGUACCCCGGCCCCUGAGCAGACGCCGGGCCGGUGGGCGGGCAGCAGGACCAGCUCCCCCCGCCCCCCGCCACGCCCCGCGGUCUAA